AUGGCUAAAGAACUCGUGGUGAAAGGCACAAUGUGCGGCCACACGGAUAUGGUCACCGCCAUCGCCACUCCCGUCGACAACUCCGACAUGAUAGUCACUUCGUCGCGCGACAAGUCAAUCAUCCUCUGGAAACUCAACAUGGACGAGAAAUCCUACGGCCUCGCUCAGCGCCGCCUCACAGGUCACACUCACUUCGUCGAGGACGUUGUUCUCUCCUCCGACGGACAGUUCGCACUCUCCGGAAGCUGGGACGGUGAGCUUCGUCUCUGGGAUCUUUCCGCGGGAGUCACCACUCAACGUUUCGUGGGGCACACGAAAUACGUUCUCUCCGUUGCUUUCUCCACAGAUAACCGUCAGAUCGUGUCUGCUUCUCGUGACGGUACGAUUAAGCUGUGGAACAUACUUGGCGAGUGUAAGUACAUGAUCUCCGACCAAGGUGAGGGACAUAAGGAUGUAGAAGCCGGAAAAUCGAAUUGA